AUGGUUAUUUCAACUCUAAAUUGUAAAACACAUAGUGAUCAGAUUUUUAUAUUAUAUUGUGAAGAUUGUAAUUGUUUGAUAUGUUCUCAAUGUUUGGUAUCUAGUCAUCAAACACAUCAAGUAUUGACCAUUCAAAAUUUAGUACAAAAAACAACUCCUAUCAAAUCAGAAAAUAGUAAAUUAUUUUUUACACCACCAGCAUCAACGACACCAACUACAACAAAUCCAUUAUCUCUUUUUCAGACACCAAUAAAAUCAUCUCUUAACCUUGCAAGUGAAGUCUCUCAUUUGUAUUCAUUCUCACAGGAUGAUAAAAGUGAACAAACUCAAAUACAUUCAAUAGAUUUAGAGAAAGGAACUACCAAUGACAAUGUGGGCCUUACCAGGCUGAAUCAUAAUGGUUCUGCGGUAGUCUACGUCAAGUCUAGAAAAGCUAUCUAUUUCUUUGGUGGAAAACAUGAGAACGCCAGAAAUAAAUACGAAGCAUACUAUAUAGAGCUGAACAAAUCCGAUAUCUACCCGCUUGGCAAGAUCGAGGGUGAAGUAGCUGCCGUCUACGAUGGAGAUCGUUAUGUCUACCUCACUACCAGGAACAAAGAUAAUGACCGUAUCGUCAAAGUAAAGAGUCACAAUUACCUAGUGGAGAGAUUCGAUACUGCAAGAGGCACCUUUGAGGUACUAGGUUCCUUGGUAUUUACAACUGGCGAGACCAAUUUGUUUUUUGAUAAAUCAACAUCGGAACUAUUGAUUUACAGUAGAAAUACACUUCAAAAGUUGGCCGUUGACAAACUGGAGCAGACCGCUACUGUAGUUACCAAAGAAUUUUUGAGUUCACCAAUUUCAGAUGAUAUUUCAAAAAUAAUCAAAUAUGACAAUGAAGUCAUUCUCUUUGGUUACUCACAUAUAAUCGCAAAGAACUUGGAGAAUAAUCUGGUUACCAUUAGAGAAAGAGAGCAUAUCUCUCCGCUCCAUUUCGAACAAUCGUUUAAAUCGGUUUUGUUCUAUACCUUUAAUGUUUGGACCAUCAAUUUUGGAAGAUACUUUAUUGAAACAGGUGAAUCAAAAUUAGAUUGGUCCAUUCAAAUUCCAGUUCCAACUAAUUGGGAAUCCUAUUCAAUAAUAGCAAUCAAUAAAGUAUAA